AUGGGACUAUUGGAGUACAGACAGCACAAGGCCGACUGCCAGCGCAAGCAGCAAGAGCGCGCAACCAAGAUCGCAAGCCUUCCUGCGACGUACAGCUACCCGCUCACGCCACAAGAGCGCACAAUCCUCGGCAAGCCCAUCCAAGAGCUCGUCCAAGAUGUGCAGAACAACAUUACGAACCCCGUCGACAUCCUGCGCACCUACGGCAAAGUCACCCUCAAGGCGCACGAGAAGACCAACUGCGCCACGGAGAUCCUCUUCCCCGAAGCCGAAGCAUGGGCCUCCAAAGAGUGCAACCUGAAGGGCCCGCUGGCAGGCAUUCCCGUGUCGCUUAAGGACUCGAUACAGGUCGCGGGCUUCGACAUCACCGUCGGCUUCUCGACACACACCGGGAAACCGUAUGCCAAAGACGGGCCUAUGGUGCGUCUGCUGAAAGACGCCGGCGCCGUGCCCUUUGUCAAAACCAACCUGCCCACGACCCUGCUCUCCUUCGAAUCGACAAACGACGUCUGGGGCCGAACCACGAACCCGCACAACACCGACUACUCCCCUGGUGGCUCAACAGGCGGCGAGUCCGCACUCCUUGCAUUCGGCGGGAGUCGCAUCGGCAUAGGCUCAGAUGUUGCAGGCAGUGUCCGCGUGCCCGCGCACUUCAGCGGGUGUUACUCGAUCCGCUGUUCAACCGGGCGCUGGCCAAAGAUGGGCAUGAACACCGCCAUGCCAGGGCAGGAGGCUAUCCCCUCUGUCUUCUCCCCCAUGGCGCGCACGCUAAACGAUCUGACGUACUUCACGCGUAGCCUGAUCCAGUGUAAGCCGUGGGAGUACGACUAUACGGUACACCCGCUCGAGUGGCGGCAGUCGAUCGAAGACGAGUACAAAGACAGGAAGGUGAUGCGCGUCGGCGUCAUGCGGACCGACGGCGUCGUCGACCCGAGUCCGGCAUGUGCGCGCGCCCUCAGUCUCGUGGCUGACGCACUGCGCGCCGAGGGGCAUGAGGUGUUCGACGUGUCUCCUCCCUCGCCCUACGAAGCGCUCAAACUUGCCAGCCAUCUCCUGCUCUCCGACGGCGGGCAGACGUUCAUGUCCUUCUUCCGGAGCGGGGAAUGGAAUGACCUCGGUGCCGCCGUCAUGGUGCGGUACAUGCGUCUCCCGCGAUUCGUGAAGACGCUGCACUACUGGUGGGUCAAGUACAUCCGCCGAGACGCCAUCUGGGCGGGAUUGAUCAAGGACUGGAGUCCGAAGAGCGCGUACGAGUACUGGGCGCUCGUAGGGAAGCGCGAAGCAUACAAAGCGACCUUCUACGACUGGUGGGACGCCCAGGGCGCGGGCGAGACGGCAAUGGACGUUAUGCUCGUCCCGCCUAAUGCGACGCCUGCCGUGCCGCACGGCGGUAUGCACGACGCUGUGAGCUCGUGCGGGUACACAUUCCUCUUUAAUCUGCUCGACUACUCCGCCGGCGUGCUCCCCGUAACCCACGUUGACGCAUCCAAAGACGCACUCCCCUCGGCCUUCGCCCUGGGGAACCUUAACGGCAUCGCCCAGGGCGCAUACAAGCACUACGACGCCACCAAGAUGGCCGGUCUGCCGGUCGGUGUGCAAGUCGUCGGGAGGAGACUGCAGGAGGAGAAGGUGCUAGCUGUAAUGCAGAGGUGUGAGGAUGCGCUGGACAGGCACAGUGGGCCGUAUGAGUUGUUGGAUAUUGAUUAG